GGGGGGGAAACGCCUUGCUAAUAAGAGAGGUCAGAGAAGAAUGGCCUAGAAGGAUAUGAUAACUUAAAUAACCACUUUUUACAACCAUGGUGAGCAGAAAAGCAUCUCGGAAUACACAGAACCUUGAGGUGAAUGGAGUGAGGAUCAUUUUUUUGAUUAUGAAAACAUUUUUCAACUGAUUUUUGUAGAUUUUUACAUAAUUGGGGGUCACACAUUAAACAACUGGAGGUCACACAUUACCCAGUUUGUUAUAUGCUGCUGAAUUGAAACCCAACUCACGAAAAUGUGAUUUUUCCUCCCUUAAGAUAGAGCUAGGCUCUUUAAAAUGCCGGAGGUCCACCUCCAGUCCCGCUGUCUUCCUGAUAUUAAGCUGCAGGUUGUUUUCCCUGCACCACAAGACAAAGUCCCCCAUCAAUCCUCUGUACUCUGAUUCAUCCCCAUUGUGUAUGCACCCCACAAUGCAUACACAUCAGACAUCAGACAACUUCUGCAGGUGUUAUGAGCCGGUAUUGUUCUGGAAGUCCAAUAUGUAUAGCGUGAAGAGGAAAGGCGAUAUAGGACACAGUGAUAACAAAACAAACGUGAAUGUACCACAGCUUGCAGCUGAUGUUUGCUGAAGCGUGUUGACAGAGAAAAAAGGAGAGAACAAAAAGAAAAAGCAUUUUAUUUAGAACAUACGGUUGUGGUACAGGCACUAAGCUCAUGCCGCAACUCAUUUAGUGUAUCCUCCUGCAAAUAUCGACUUUCUCUGUUUCAUGUCCCGGUUUUCACCGGCCAUUGAAGAGAAUUGCUGUCCGGCACACACUCGUAGACUGCAUUCAGCGUCGGUAUAAAAAUUAACCAUUUCUUGCACUCACUUUGACAGACUCAGAACUUUAUCAGCAGGUGAGACUUUAGAGUCUGUGCUCCCCUCACACAUCAAUUUUCUGUGCCAUCCGUUGACUCAAAAAUCAAUUGAACUACACACGCUCAGAUUGUGAAUUAAGGUUUUAAUCAGGUUAAAAAAUCAGAAUCAUGAUGUGGGUGCACAUAUGAACUGGAUGAAAAUAUGAACUUUAUUUGCAUCCAAAUGUAUUCAUUGCUAAUAUCAAAAGUUACCUGGAAUCCUAGCCUGGAAUAUCAGCUCACUUGUUAAUUACUUGGCUAUUGAUGUUAAUUAAAAUUAAAAUAUCCAGCCAACAUCAAAUGCGUACUGUUGUAGAUAUAUUAUUAGGAAGCUAGCUAACUAUAGCAUAGUGCUGUGAUUAGGUUAGCUAGCAUAGACAAUGUCAAAUGUUUUAUUAUCUAAAUAAAACCAGCAUUUAAAGACACAUACUGUACAGAGCUGUAAAACAGAGCUGUAAAAGAAAAUGGAUGGAGCGAUGUCAUAUCAAGUUUGCAAUUUGCUAUACAAACUGAAUUUCUUCUGUUUUGGGUUGUGCGUAGCGAUACUGUAGAUCAGUGUGGUCAGUGUUAUUUUUACCCGGACACAUGUGCGGAAAAACAAGACCCGAUCACGAGUCUUUUACAAUCCUUUUUUAACAGCCACCCAGUCCAGACACACAUGAAGCUCAUUUUCAGUGAGUAUGGAAGAAGUGCGGAGGCUGAGCCUGAGUCAGAUCACUAGCAUCCUCAUUUAUUUCCGUAGUGUACAGAGCCGCCCGGCUGGCACGCUGGAACAGGGUGCUCAACAUCUCUGAACUCUGUUUCACCCUCUUAUCAGAUCAUGAGCUGCUACAGCAGUGAGGUCAGCACAACGAUCACGUUAUCAGCCUCAGGGAUGGAAUCACGCCAUUGUGCUCUUUCAAGAUUAAGCUACAGGUUCAGAUGUGAAGGGUUUGAUCCAACUAUUUUGAAGUUUAUGCAUAAUUUUAAGUCAGUGCUUUCAAUCCGGUGUAAUAAAUGAACUAGAUGUGUGACACAAUAUCUAGUAGACAAAUGAAGUGCUGAACCACAAGUUUAGAUUUGUGAGCCAUGGUCAGGCCUACGCAUGUCAUGUUCCCAAACAUUAUGUUGCUCAUACCAGACAUUCCUUAAACGCUCUGUCCGGUGAAGCAAGCAUGGGAUCGAGCUUGUAUUCUUCAUCCGGAUAGUAGCUAAACAACUCAAGUAAGGGUCACUCAGGGCAGGACUAUAUAAAUGAAUGUUAUUCAUACAUGGGUAAUUGUGAACAGCCUUUCUAUUGCAGUGGCACAUUGUGCAGCUCAAGGCAAAGAGCUUUGUUUUCCCCUCUGGGUUCAUUUACUGUCCAUCGCUAUGAAAGAAAAGAGAGCCCUUGAAUGAAUGUAGUCAAUAACCAUCGUUCCACACUUAUGGCUUAGUUAAAGCACUCGUCAGUGCUCAUCACUGCUUUGUUCUUUUCAGGGACAUAAUUAUUGCGUCCUGUAAUUACAUUCGACCAGCGCUAGAGUUGGAUUUCAUACAGAAAAAAAACAGCUGAAAUUUGGAACUAGGUUCGGAUGUUGAGGUUUAUCAGUACGUCAAGUUCCAGACUCUGCUAUGAGUCACAUUGGACUAAGCGUUUGCCAAGAACACAGUUGGCUAAUUUCCCACUGGUAGCAAAGCAUGGUGGCUUGUGUCUCUAUAAACGGCAUACCAGGUUUAUCAGCAACAUGGUGUUACAUUACAAAAGGAAUCAAGUCGUGAGCUUACUUCUCAAAUUCCAACCUGUAUGGAAGGAUUGCAGUGUUAAUAGCCAGCUUGGUAUUCCCCCUUUUUUGUGUAAAUGAACCAGUGGUAGUGGACAAAGUAGUGUUGAAGUGUAUAAACCCCUCAUUGCAAACUCAAGGCAUUUUUAAGAGUUCAGUGAUAGAAAAAACGCAGGUGCUAUUCAACAUUGGGUCAUCCUUCACCAUAUUCUCGAGAAGUACGUGAGUACAUGUGUGGCAUGCAGAAAGAGACCGGAUGUAAAUCAUAUGCUAUGGCCUUUACAGCCACUAGAUCUCAACCCAGUUGAACACCUAUCAGAGAUUCUGGAGCGACGCAUUAGACAGCACCCUUCACCACCACCAUCAUCAAAACAUCAACUGAGGGAAUAACUUUAGGAAGAAAGGUAUACACUACCCCCAUUACAUUUCCAGGGACUUGUAGAACCGAUGAUAAGGUUGGCAAGCUGGUCCAGAGUCUAGAGGCGUAGACGGAAAAUGCCCAGUCACCCUUAAGCAUCCUCAAGUACUGUUGUACAAUCAAAGGUGAUAGAUAGAGGGAUCCAUUAACAGCUUUGAAAACAAAUAAGAGCACUUUAAGCUGAACUGGGAGCCGAUGAAGUGAAGCGAAGACUGGUGUAAUGUACUCGCUCUUGUGUCUGUGAGCAACCUGGCAGCAGCACUCUGCAAUAAUAACACAGACUGAAUGAUCCUAAUUUAUAGCCAGUUGCAGUAAUGAACAUGAGAUGCCAUGAAUGCAUGAAUGAUUUUCUCUGAGUCGUUGAAGGAGAGAAAAGGUUUGAGCUUGGCAAUCAUUGUAAUGUGGUGAAAAAAUGUAGUCUUGAUUUGUUUGUCAAAUUUACUAACCAUAUUUACCAGGAAAGUAAAUGGUUCUUAGGGCCAGUUUCUAGUCGGACACAGUAAGUUGUGGAGAUCUCACCUAACUCUGUGAGGUGAGGUAAGCUACUCAUACAAAGUGCUAUUUGUGUGCGAGCCUGCAAGCAAAUGCACUGCCCUUUUCAAAAGGAGCUCAGUGAACCUUUUGCUCUCUCCUGCUCCUCUGAUUAAAUCAAAAAGCUACUGCACACCCUGUGAUGAGCUUGUUUAAGCAAUUAUUGAUCCAGAUUGGAUUAAAUAGGCUCUGCAUUAGCAGGGGCUGUGUAGCGACACUGACGGCGCAGACGAGGGUUUCUCUCUCCCUCUCUCUCUCUCUCUCUCUCUCUCUCUCUUUCUGCGGUGGAGCCUCAUGUAUACACAUCAUGUUGUGAUGACCACUGGCCCAUAGAGAAUCCCAGAAUAUGUUAAGUCAAGGCCUCAGGUGCUGCAGAUGUCUGAAAGGAUGAAGCACUGGCUCCGAUAGUGAGACAUGGAGCUGAUGAUUUCAUUUAGCUGAAUGAUGUAGAGGCUUACAUUAUUAUUCCAAUCUCUUACUAUCUCUGGCUUACUCAGUUGAAUAGUAAUCGGCAAUCAUUUGCAAGUUUUAUGUGGACAUGGUGCUAAUACCUGAUAAAUAUUUUGCAUAAAAUGUUUUAUCUCCACAGAAUCUCCAUAAACAACAUCAUGCCAGUAAUUUUUACAGACUGCACUCACAGGUGUUUGGAAACAUUAUGACAUAUCUGAACUUCCUAGAACGACCGGUAAAAAUAACCACAGUUUAGGCAGCGUGGUGACCCCUAAAGGACUCCUAUGAGGUGAUUCCCACCUCAGCCGCCCUCAGGCCCCCCACCUAACGUCAGCAGCAGCACGACUAAGGGAUGUCACAGGCGUUUCUUCUGAGCCUGAUCAUUUUCUUCUCCUGCACCCAGGUGUCCUCUGCCUUGUCCAUGAAACUUUUAAUGAGAGAGUGGAUGAAUUACGAAGAUGAGUGUCUCAGGAAUAACAGCAGAGAACCACCAGCCACAGGUCUUGUGUGUAACAGGACGUUCGAUAAAUAUGCCUGCUGGCCAGAUGGUUUGCCCAACACCACAGUGAGCGUCCCCUGCCCCAAGUACCUGCCCUGGCACGCAAAAGUCCAACAUGGCCUGGUUUAUCUGGAGUGCAGUGCCGAUGGCCAGUGGGCCAAGCAGAAGAACGCAAGUGAGUGUGAAACAAAUGAUCUGGCCCAGACUGACACGCAAUACUAUGUCAAGAUCCUCAGUAAAUUCAGGAUCAUAUACACCGUUGGUUAUUCCCUGUCACUGGGAGCGCUGGUACUGGCACUCGGUAUCCUGGUGGCCUUCAGGAAGCUGCACUGCAUGAGGAACAACAUUCACAUGAACCUGUUUGCCUCCUUCAUCCUGCGGGCUGCCGCCAUUUUCAUCAAAGACGCCUUGUUGGAGAGACCCAUCAUCAACCCGGGCACCACCACGGACCUCGAGAUGGAGCUCUUCGUCAAGAACGAAGUUUUACAGCCGGAUGUGGGCUGCAGGAUUGCUGUAGUGAUGAUGCAGUACAGUAUCAUAGCGAACAGCCACUGGCUGCUGGUGGAGGGGAUAUACCUGCACAACCUGCUGGCGGUCACGGUGCUGACUGAGGGGAACCACUUCAGCAUCUACCUGUGCAUCGGCUGGGGAGCUCCACUGAUCUUUGUUCUGCCGUGGAUCAUUGUGAAAUAUAUCUAUGAGAACGAGAAUUGCUGGGAACAGAACAUAAACAUGGGGUACUGGUGGAUUAUUCGUUCCCCCAUCCUACUGGCAGUGCUGAUCAACUUCUUCAUCUUCAUACGCAUCAUUAAGAUCCUCGUGUCCAAGCUGAGGGCUCACCAAAUGAGAUACUCCGACUACAAGUUCCGGCUCGCGAAGUCCACCCUUACCCUCAUCCCUCUGCUUGGUAGCCAUCUGGUCCUGUUUUCCUUCGUCACUGAUGAGUCUACCUCAAACGGUGCCAUCACCCUGCGGCUCACGAAACUCUUCAUCGACCUUGUCUUCAACUCCUUCCAGGGGCUGCUAGUGGCCAUCCUCUACUGCUUUGUCAACAAAGAGGUUCAGUCUGAGAUCAUGAAGUUCUGGAAGCGCUGGAGGGGGAAAGACAUAGACGAAGACUACCGUCACACCUACAGCAACACGGCUCAGGUGACCAACAGCAAACAAGUCCAAGCCGCGUCCAGCAAGCUGAGGCUGCCGGACGUCACGUGCUCGAGUUCGGUCGUCUGCGGCUCCGAGGAGAAGCAGCUGCUGGCGCUCAGCUGCCACAACGGCACGGAUCGCCUGCGCUUCACUUCCAAGUCACCGGAGGGUACCAGCAGCACCAACAGCACGGCAGCCGAAGAGCCGAUGGUGUGCAAUCAGGACCCACGAGGGAGCAUCGAGAGCAACAUGUGAAAACGUGAGGACACGUGCAAGCACGUGUGUGUGUCAGUGAUGGUUCCACUACAUUCUCACACACUCUCGGCUCUGAGCCCACAGACCGAGCGAGCAGCACCGAGAUGGGUGUAAAGUGUAUGUGAGUGUGUGCAUGCAUAAUGUGUGUGUGUCAUGUGGAAGAGUGUGUAAGCACCUCAGUGAUCGCUCUACGCUCAUGUGAGCUGUCCAUCUCAUGUGAAAAAAAAAAGUGUUCGGUUGUAACAUGUUCACACACCAUAUCAUCACACCACCGCUGCAUCUUCAGCAGACGGACCAGAACGAAGACAUGCUGAAAAAAAAAAACAUAAACCUCAAAAAAACUUACAACAUGAACCUCAGAUGGACACAGAAACCUGGACUGUACUUUUAAUAACUGUUAACGGUCGACUGUGGAUCAUGGAUUCCUCGCUGUAGAUACCAAAGCGUGAAUGGAGGAGAGAAAAUGCUCAUGCGGGUUCUCCGGUUGUGUUUCGGGUUUCAUUCUGACAGUACAGUGGUUCUGAAAGCCAAAUCACGAUUAUGAAAGAUUCCUAAGUAUUUAAAGAAAUUAUUUGUGACCAAGAACAUAAAAAUCAAAUGACUGUCUCUAAUUUUAUCUUCAAUGUUGUCUUGGAAAAUGAAAGGCGCUUUUUGGUAUUCGUGUAACUUGUCAGGUUUAAUGAUUGCUGUUGUUUUUUUUUUUUUUUUAAAUAAGGUCUCAAACAGGCGAAGAUCAGUGCAGUUGAACGAUCUAAUCAUGCAGUUCUGAAGGUGUGCCUUUUUUCCCCAGAUGUGUGAAAAAUGAAAAAAAAAAUGACAAAAAGACAACCUUACAUGAUUUUUCCUAAUUGUCAGGUUUGGUUAAUCAUUUAAUCGACAGGUUGUGAGUUUUAUUUUAUUUACGAGACUAACAUUAUUAAUAUGACUAGGGCUGGGAUGAUAAGAAAUUAAAAAAAAUUAACUUGGGGAAAAUGAUUAAUUAUAAAUAUUUAUAUUAUGUAGAACCUUGUGUACUUUACAGUUCAGUAUUCAGUAUUUCUUGAUUGGAUUUGAACCAGAGAGAGAGACAAAGCCUCAAUCACCACAGCUCAACAUUUAACUAAAAUAAUUAUCCAUAAUGAUACUAGCGUCAUCGUUUUGGCUAUAAUUUAUGACCUCAGUAGACACAGCCUUCCUACAAACCUUAUUGCAGCAUGGGUUGAAUUUUUUUCCCCAAAGAAAACACGGCACUUUAUUGUGUGUAAUUGCGUUACUCUAUUAAUGAGAGAAAUGAAGGAUGCCAUCUUUUCCAACGAUAACUGAAACACCGCAUAACUCCACAUCUCUUUCAAGCUUUGCACAAUAUUUCCACACAUCAAACUGCAUUUUCUGAGCAAGACAUGUAGAGCAUAAGGCUGUUUUCACACUUGGCCAGAGUGUUUUUUUUUGUUUGUUUUUUUUUUUGAGCUAGUAUGAAUAAAAUAGCUCACUCAACACACACUGUAAGCAUCGACGCUCUUACCAGGAACGAAACUAACUAGCAUAGCUUUGCGAUUUAGAUUAGAUUUAUUAUUACGAGUAAUGGAUAUGAAAUAAAGACUUGUUUAACUCUGGUGAUGAGGAGGUUGUUUGUAUAUGCUGUAGCUUUGGAGCCAGAAAAUCAAGAGCAGCUUUUGCGACUUGACUUGACUGAGACUUCACAUUACAUAUCAUUGAAAGCCCCAAAAAUAGGCAUGUUAUUAUUUUUAUUUACACUGCAGCACUGAAAUAUUGGCAGUUAAACUCAACGUAAAUCUGCUAACAACAUUUUUUUUAGCCACCAUGUUUUGGAAGCUCUGACGAGAGAAGCAUUGGCGACAGUACUGUCCUCCCGCAUUCCACAGGAUUACCUGUAAAAUGUCUGCUGCCAGUGGAGGAAAAACAGCAGAGUGUGAAAGCAGCCUAAAACGUCCUGCUGUGUGUCGACUCGGUAAACCCAACAAUAAUGGAUCAGUGCGUAAAACACAUAUUCACACCCGUGAGUGUUAAUUAUUGAUAAACUACUGAUACGUAGUCAAAGCCCUAAACAUUACUAACACAUAAUCAGCAUUAAACAUGAUGCAGAAAUUUUGUGCAUUUGGUCCAUCUGUUCCUUUUUAUGGGCAUAAAACAAUAAACAACAAUACAAAAAGAAAUCCAUGCACAUGAUCACACAAACACUCAGCUGCUAUAGCAAACGCUAGACUGCGAUUACUACCCUGUAACACAUUUACAAAGGUACAGUCCAGAUUAACAGAAACUCCAGACGCAUUGUUAUGUUAAUGCCUUACCAUGAAUCAUUACAACAAGCCAACUGGCACACAAGCAGUUUUCCCUCCAAGGACAUGCGCCCCUGCGACCGCCAAGUAAAAAUAGCCUGACCUUAGUUGUACGCAGAAUAAACAAAUAUAGCCAAAAAGUUCAGAAAGACUUGGAUACGAUGCCUUAAUGGGGCAUUAUGCCAAAUCAGAUUGGUCCGUGAUUUGUUUCUCCUUUGUCUCCGUCAUUAGGAUGCCAUGUAUGUUGGUUAGUGUCACUAUUUAAGUCUCGUUUUAUUUCCUUGGAUUGCCAAUAUGGGUACACCACAAAGCCAUGAAAGCUCACCAGCCAUUACAAUGCUGAACAAACUAUAUCAACUUGAUCAAAACUUUCGUUGCUGUUUUUCAGCUGUCAGGGACAGAGGUUUUCCUGUUUGUUAAAAGAAAGAAAAAAAACAGACAUUAGUGCAGUCAUAUAAACAUAAGCUGAGUACAGAAAGUGUGAGUUAUUGUGUGUCUUAAUGGAAACUUGCAGCCACAGCUCCAUGUUGUGCGUCAGGUGAGAAUAAAGACCAGGAGGACGACGAGAGUGAAGACAAGGAUGAUGACUCCGGGUACAGGGGGGGGCGCUGUUUGCACAAUGUUAAUUUAUAAUUGCUAAAAAUGCAGAUAUCUGUACAUCCUGCUUGAAAUGUAAUAUGCCUUAUUUUUGCAUGUGUGUAAGUCUGUGUCUGUUGUGUGCACAAUGCAUGUGGGGUGUUUUGUACCUGUGUGGGCCUCCACAAGGGCAGGGUGCCAUUUUUUAGAGCCUACCUUGGUGUUAGAUGUGUUCGGAAUAGCAUCUUUCUUGUGCUCUACUAAACAUUAAAGAAACCAGUUUUUUUUC